GAUCAGUCCUCUCCACCAAACUGAUACUUAAAUCCAGUAAAUAUUACCGGGAAGGAGAGUGGGUUUGUUGAUUCUUUUUGUUGCCUAAAUGUGACAGGUUAAUAGGAACUUUUUUUUUUUUUUGUUCUUGGUCAUGUUUCCUAGCCCGAGCACGUCAACUCCCUUCUCCGUAAAGGAUAUAUUAAACCUGGAGCACAGUCAUGACGUUUUGGGGUCUUCUCUGGAUGUCUCCUCUCGUAUGGACUGUUGCAACGUGCCGACCUCUUCUUCAUCCUCCUUGUCCACCUCUUCAUCCUGUAUGCUGGCCCGUCUGAAGCAGGAGCCUCUACGGGACAUGUCGUCCUCCAACGCCGCCGGAUCUCUGUUUGGAGAAGAUCUGCAGGAGUCCAGAGACCGCAGAGGCAAUGCGCUCAACUUUGCGAAUACCUUUUAUGGGAAAUCGCUAUUUGAGAUGGAUUUGGUGAAGGAUGGGAAAUCAGACGCGUUUGAGGGAAAACGACGAAAAGAGGACUUCAGUCCACCCAUUGUCCCAGUAGAGGACAUAAAACCAGAGGACCACGACCGUCCGAAGCCCCGCAGACGCAGGAAGCCGCGCGUGCUCUUCUCGCAGGCGCAGGUGUACGAGCUCGAGCGCCGCUUCAAGCAACAGAGGUACCUGUCAGCCCCGGAGAGAGACCACCUCGCCGGAGUCCUCAAACUGACCCCCACACAGGUGAAGAUCUGGUUCCAGAACCGGAGGUACAAGUGUAAGCGGCAGCGGCAGGACCAGAGCCUUGAGAUGGUGUCACUGCCACCGCCAAGGAGGGUGUCUGUGCCGGUGCUGGUGCGGGACGGGAAGCCGUGCCUGGCAGCGGACACAGCGGCCUACAACCCCUCCUACAGCAUGGGUCACAUCAACCAUUUCACCUAUAACAACUAUCCGGCCUUCAGCAACUACACCGGCCCCGGCUGCAACACAAACUAUGCCUGUAAUUACCCUGCAGCCACGAUGCAAAGUAUGCAGGGAUCCAACAACAGCGGGAACUACAUGAACUUUGGUGUAGGAGAGCUGAAUAAUGUCCAAAACUCUUUCUCCCCCAGUAACGGAGUCUCCUCUUUACAUGGCAUCAGGACAUGGUGAAAAAAGGAUUUUUCUAUUUGACAGGAUUUUUACUGAAUGCAUGCAUUUUUAACGAGUCAAGAUUUUACAGUUUGUGUAACUUCUAUUAAAUUUACUAACUUGCUUCAAGUAAUUUUUUGUUUUGAUUUUCCGCACCAAUUUUUGACUGAAGAGUCAGCAUUUUUAUUUAUUCUCGUAAAAGUAGC